UGGGAUUACAGGCGUGAGCCACUGUGCCCAGCCACAUCCUAAGUUUUGAUAACAUACCAGGAUCUUUCUUUCCUGUCCUCUCAAAGAGGUUAAAUACUAUUUUCAUAAUGAGUUAUAAUUGAGAAGUUUUCUCAUGUCAAAUAUAAAAACAAAAUCAUACAGUUCAUCGACUCACUUAUGUCUUACCAGCUUUUUUAUUACAAAUUAUUGUUCAGUCAACACUUGAAAGUGUGUCCCAUUUUUUCCUAAGGUUUGCCAAUAGAUGAUGAUAUUGAUGAUGAAAUGUUUGAUGAUGACCAUUUAAAGGUUUAUUUUGAACAACUGGUAAUUCCAGGAGUGAUGGAAUUAAACAUAUGAAGAUCUAGAAGGACUGGAGCCUCCGGAAAAAGAUCGGACAUUACCUGCAAGUGCUCCUAGUCAGGAAUGUUCCAGUCUUAGUGGCUUUUCCGAAAUUUGACAUUAGAAAAUCACUAUUGUUAAGGCAAGUAGCGGCGGCGCUUCAAGAUGCACUGCCUGACCAUGCCCACGCUGCUGCGGGCCCUGGCCCAGGCCACACAUGCAGGACCUCCUGGUGGCCGGACCCUCCACAGCAGUGCAGUGGCAGCCACUUACAAGUAUGUGAACCUGCAGGAGUUUAAGACGGACAUGAAGUCAGUGACUGACCGGGCAGCCCGGACCCUGCUGUGGACUGAGCUCUUCCGAGGCCUGGGCAUGACCCUGAGCUACCUGUUCCGGGAACCCGCCACCAUCAACUACCCGUUGGAGAAGGGCCCGCUGAGCCCUCGCUUCCGUGGGGAGCACGCACUGCGCCGGUACCCAUCCGGGAAGGAGCGCUGCAUUGCGUGCAAGCUCUGCCAGGCCGUCUGCGCUGCCCAGGCCAUCACCAUCGAGGCUGAGCCAAGAGCUGAUGGCAGCCGCCGGACCACCCGCUAUGAAAUCGACAUGACCAAGUGUAUCUACUGCGGCUUCUGCCAGGAGGCCUGCCCCGUGGAUGCCAUCGUCGAGGGCCCCAACUUUGAGUUCUCCACGGAGACGCAUGAGGAGCUGCUGUACAACAAGGAGAAGCUGCUCAACAAUGGGGACAAGUGGGAGGCCGAGAUUGCCACCAACAUCCAGGCUGACUACCUGUACCGGUGACGGCCCCACCGGCCCACAACCCCUGCUGCCCAAUAAAAUACUGCUCCAACCCC